CUCUCCUUUGUAAAGUUGACUGCGAUUAACUUCUGCCAACCAGCUCAAAUUUUUUUUUUAGACUGCGAUGAUGUCCUACAAACACACCCUGCGGGGGCCCAAAGUGGCAUUUUCAGUAUCAAGCCAGCGGGAUCCAGUAAGGUUUUUUCUGUUUAUUGCGACCAAGAGACCGGUUUGGGAGGAUGGCUCUUGAUCCAACAGAGAUUGGAUGGAUCGGUGAAUUUUAACCGGACCUGGCAGGACUACAAGGAAGGUUUCGGCAGCCUGGAUGCCAAAGGGGAAGGAGAGUUCUGGCUAGGCAACGAACACCUUCACUUGCUGACCCAGCGGGACACGGUCCUUCGGGUCGAAUUAGAGGACUGGUCAGGCAACGAGGCCUACGCAGAGUAUAACGUCCACGUAGGUUCCGAGGCGGAAGGGUACAUCCUCCGGGUGUCCGCCUUCGAGGGCACGGCAGGCGAUGCCCUGCUCCUGGGCUCCUUGGAGGAAGGGACAGAGUACACCUCUCACGCCAACAUGCAGUUCAGCACCUUCGACAGGGAUGCAGACCAGUGGGAAGAGAACUGUGCUGAAGUGUAUGGGGGCGGUUGGUGGUAUAACAACUGUCAAGGGGCUAAUCUCAAUGGCAUCUAUUAUCCCGGGGGCCAGUACGACCCACGGAACAAUAGUCCGUAUGAGAUUGAGAAUGGGGUGGUCUGGAUCCCAUUCCGGGGGUCUGACUACUCCCUCAGGACUGUCCGAAUGAAAAUCAGGCCCCUAGAAACCCAGCUGGCAGAAGUGGGAAAUGGAGGGAUUUUUUAGUGGAGAGGGAGGAGAGAGUGUUUGAGGACAAAGCAGGGGUAGAAGUGGUGGGGUGGAGGGUUCUUCCAACUCAACGACAAAUUUAUGGUGCUGUUUUCAUUAUCCUUUGUACUGUAACUGAAUGUAACUGAGACAUAGCUGUGUUUUGAAAAAUAAAAAUUGUGUGAAUGAUUUCAUCUGAAAAA